AUGGGAAGGGUUAAGCUUAAGAUAAAGAGAUUGGAAAGCAACAGCAAUCGGCAAGUUACAUAUUCGAAAAGGAGGUCUGGAAUCUUGAAAAAAGCCAAAGAAAUUUCUGUACUAUGUGACAUUGAUAUUAUGCUUCUUAUGUUUUCCCCAAAUGGAAAACCAACCAUAUUCACCGGAGCACGCAGCAAUGUUGAUGAGAUUAUCUCAAAAUUUGCUCAACUAUCUUCUCAAGAAAGGGCAAAAAGGAAGUUGGAAAGCCUUGAGGUUUUGAAGAAAACUUUUAAAAAGCUUGACCAUGAGAUUAACAUUCAAGAGUAUUUGGAUGGAAGUGCUCCAUCAGUUGAGGAAUCCUGCAGCCAAGUCAGAGUUCUGCGAGCUCAACUAACAGAAUUGCACAAGAGACUAAGCUGGUGGAGUAACCCAGAGAAGGUAGAAGAUAUUGAGCAUCUCAGGCAGAUGGAAGGUUCACUGAGGGAAUCACUUACUAGAGUUCGUGCACUUAAGGAAAAUUUUGUGAAGCACCAGCUUAUGCCAUUAAAUUGCUCAGGCCAGUUCCAGAGUGGAAUGCAAUUUCCGAUGACGAUGGAUGGUAACCAAGAUGGAACAACGCUGCCAUGGAUUCAAGAUAAUGAGAAUCAACCUGUGAUAUUGUCCAAGGACUCAGACUUUAUUACUCAGAGAGAUAUGGAAUACCCCAGAGAUGCGUCCCUUCCCGGCUGUUCUGCACUCUUUACCACGGGAAAAGAAGCAGAGAUUGAUAAUACAGGAUUGAUAGAUAACAUCAACUGCCCCAGAGAUAUUACCCUUUCUAGCUGUUCUGGUUUAUUUAGCAAUAGUAAGGUAGAAGAGACCAACAAUGCUGGAAAGAUGGAUAAUAUGGAAUGCCCCAGAGAUACAUCUCUUCCAAGCUGUUCUGGUUUAAUCGACCGAGGGAAAGAAACUGAGUUUCAUAAUGCAGAACAAGUUCAUAGUAUAACACAAGAAGGUAGUGCAAUGGAUGAUUUAAGUGCCAUUUCAUGCCUGAGAUUACAACUUGGUGGGGAACAACCAUACUAUCCAUAUAGUCAUCUAAACAUACCAGAACUCAACAAACUAGAGGUUGGACGAGAGGCAAAUUUCCAAGAGAAUCCCAUGACUUAUCAAAUGAAUGGGAACUUUGAAUUGCCUAGAUCCAUUUAUGCAAAUUUGGGCCAUCCUUGGUUCCCUGCAUCUGAUGACUGUGAGAUCAACAUGAUGAAUGACAAUCCAUUUACUCAGCCAUCAUCACAGCACCCUUGACGAUGAGGAGGAAUGAUGAGUUGCGUUGCCCAUGUGCAGCAAGAGUGAUUUUGCUUGGUGUUUUAUAACUUCUUGAUCUUCACGACCAGCAGCAGAACUGGCCAAUUAUGUUGGUUGUUUAGCAUGUAGAGAUUUCAAAUAAGAGGUUAGCCUCUGCAAUAAGCCCCGUUGUUAUGGUUUCUUUGUUUCACUUUUGUUUUUUUGGAGAUAAAAUAGUCAAA